AUGGCGACCCCCGGCCGGCGGUGGCUGUGCGUACGCUCCGGGAUGUGGGCGCUGCUGGUUUACUGCGUCUGCUCGCACCUGAGGCUCGCGCUGGCGGAGGACGUGGAGAGCUGCGAGCACCUGAGACUCGGACAAUAUCCUUUCACUGACGUGCACGCGCUCGGGUCGCGUGCGCGGGCGGUUAUUGUCACGUAUCUGUGCAAAGACCCCAAGAUCUCCGACGCCACCCAGGAGCCGGAGAGCUGCCGGGACAUGAGGGCCUGGGGUGAGUGCUGCCCCCCCCCCCCCCCCUGCCAGACACCUCCCUCCUGA